UUUGCUUACAAACGAUAUUGUUGCUAGUACCUACAUAAAGUUUACUUAUCUAAGUAAAUUUACUUAAAAAUGAUAUUUAUAUAAAAUCUUAAAGACAAUUAUGUGAUCUCUGUAAAUAUCCAGAUUUCAGACCUCAAUCACAAUAGACUUGUUUUUGUGCUAUUUUAAAAAUUAAUAUAUAUAAUAUUAUAAGUGUGUUAGAAUGAGGCCUAUAUCCAAAAGAGCCCUUCAAUUAUUUUUACAUAAGCACCCUUCUUCAACUUACAUUAGAGCAUUAUCCAGUAAUUCAAGUAAUGACAAGCAAAGAAUAAGUUACGAACGUAUAUUUGGCAAAACAGCACUUUUAGGUGUAGCUGCAACUGGAUUGCUAGGAUACUGCUAUUGGGUAAUUAAGAGGGAAUACGGAAUUCAAGUAUAUGCAGAAAAACAGGAAAGAUGCAGGAAAUAUCCGGAAUUUGGCAAAUAUAAGGCCUCUUUACCUACUUAUUCUUUGAAAGAAAUAAGAAAACAUGAUUCCAAAGAAACAAGAAUAUGGGUUACAUUUAGAGAAGGCGUAUACGAUAUCACAGAUUAUAUUAAGAAACAUCCAGGGGGUGAGAAGAUUCUAAUAUCUGCUAUUGGGGGCCAACUCGAACCCUUGUGGACCAUGUACCCUUUCCACGAACACAGGGCUAUCUUGCAAACUCUUGAAAUGCAUAGAAUUGGCAAUUUGGCAUUAGAAGACCAAAUUGACGACCCAUUUAAAUUUUUCGACGACCCAUACAUCAAUGAUCCGGUUAUGCAUUCUGAUAAUCAUGUUGUUGUGGAAAAACCGUACAUCGGUUCUGGUCCUUUAUCGAGGCUGGGAGACGAAUUUUACACUCCCAAUGAACACUUUUACGUAAGAAAUCACUUGCCAGUGCCUCAAAUAGACCCCAAUACGCACACGAUUGAAUUGGAGAUUGAGGGGACUGAUAAUAAGAAAUGUUACACAUUGGACGACCUGAAGCGAAUGAAAAACGUUACAGUAACGGCUGCCUUGAUGUGUUCUGGUAACCGAAGGGAGGAAAUGGUUAAGGCAGUUCCUGGAGCACGUGAAAUGGUGGCAAAUUUAACACCCAAUUUUAUUAGUAACGCUCAGUGGACCGGCGUACCAUUGAGUUGCUUAUUAAAGGAUAUGGGCAUUACUACAGAUGAGAAAAAAUAUAAACACGUCCAGUUUAUAGGCCUGGACAAAGAAGUAACUGGUGAACCCUACAGCGCUUCCAUACCGAUUUUCAAAGCUACAGAUCCCUACGGUGACGUCAUUCUGGCCUACGAGAUGAACGGAGCUCCCCUACCUCCUAUGCAUGGAUUUCCGAUACGAGCUUUCGUUCCUGGACAUACAGGAGCACGAAGUGUCAAAUGGCUUAAAAAAGUAUUGGUAUCAGAACACGAAGCUCCCUGUCACUACCAGCAAAUCGAUUAUAAACUCUAUGGUCCGAACGUAAAUUGGAAAAACGUCGAUUAUAGCGCCUGUCCUGCUCUACAAAUGGUGCCCGUCAAUUCCGCCGUCUGUAGGCCCAAUAAUGGGGACACUGUUCAUGUAGAAGACGGCUGUAUAAAUAUUAAGGGUUAUGCUUAUUCUGGUGGAGGGCAAAAAAUUAUAAGAUUAGACGUGACGAGUGACGGAGGUGAGACAUGGCAUACAGCCACAUUGGACCAUCAAGAUAAGAGUGAAGCACCUCAUCAUUGGGCAUGGACUCUUUGGUCCUGUAAAAUACCAGUAAAAAAAGAUGCCUCUGAGGUUGACGUGUGGUGUAAAGCUGUCGAUUCAUCUGGAAAUGUCCAGCCUGAAAGCUUUAAAAACAUUUUUAGCUGGAAAGGAUGUCCUUGCAAUGCUUAUAACAGGGUGAAAGUUAAAUUAAGCCACUGACUAACAAUAUAAACAUGCACUUUUAUUAAAAAUAUGUUCAACCAAUACAUGCGUAAAAAUAAUAAUUUAUGUCUGAUGAAUGAAUAAAUAACGGUUACGAGUUUUAAUUAAUUAUAAAACAAAAACACAGCAACUUUUCUCUUAAAACUAUUUGUUCUUUACCACCCAAGGAUGUUUCAUUACUUUCUUUAGUGAAAUUCGAUCUUCACUUUCAAGGACAAGCAACUAUAAUUGGAACAAUUUUAGUGGUUAACUAUGUAUUAAAAAACCAACUUACCUUAAGGAUUAAAUCUUUGGCUCCCUCAGAAACGAAUUCUCUGAAAUGGAGAUCCCUUCUGAGAAUACGUUUAUAGGUUUCCUCUUGUUUUUCUGCUUCGAAUGGAGGAUAACCAUGCAGAAAUUCAUAGCAAAGAAUACCUAGAAUGUAUUAAAUGUUUUCUCACUUGAUUAUUGGACCUGAAUUUAUGUCAAAAUGGUCACAAUAAAACAAAAAAUCUCCCACCUUUUUUUAUUUAUAUUAUUUAAUUGUAUUCUAUGUAGUAUUUAUUUAUUGUUAACUAUAUUUUUUAGUAUAAUGUUUUUAGUAAAUAAUGUUGAUUUAAGUAAAAGUAUUAAUGAUA